AUGGAGCCGCGCGUGGCCAACAAGUUCCGCCUCGGGCGCAAGCUCGGGAGCGGAUCCUUCGGGGAGAUCUUCCUUGGUACUCACGUGCAGACCAACGAGGAGGUCGCGAUUAAGCUGGAAAGUGUGAAGACAAAACAUCCUCAGUUGCUGUAUGAGUCAAAGCUGUAUAGGAUACUGCAGGGUGGAACUGGAAUUCCAAACGUCAAGUGGUUUGGUGUCGAGGGUGACUACAAUGUUCUUGUUAUGGACCUCUUGGGUCCAAGCCUUGAGGAGCUUUUCAGCUUUUGCAACAGAAAACUGUCCCUGAAGACCGUUUUGAUGCUUGCUGAUCAGUUGAUCAACCGGAUCGAGUAUGUUCAUAUGAAGUCAUUCUUACAUCGAGAUAUUAAGCCAGACAAUUUCCUCAUGGGCCUUGGCAAGAGAAUAAAUCAGGCAUACGUGAUCGAUUUUGGAUUAGCAAAGAAAUACAGGGACAGUGCAAACCAGCACAUUCCAUACAGAGAGAACAAAAAUUUGACUGGGACAGCACGAUAUGCAAGUGUAAACACUCAUCUCGGAAUUGAACAAAGCAGGAGGGAUGACAUGGAAUCGCUUGGAUAUGUACUCAUGUACUUCUUAAGAGGAAGUCUUCCUUGGCAAGGUCUAAAAGCUGGGACCAAGAAACAGAAGUAUGAGAAAAUCAGUGAAAGGAAGAUCGCUACUUCAGUUGAGGUUCUCUGUCGUGGAUACCCUUCUGAAUUUCAAUGCUACUUCCAUCACUGCCGUGCGUUACGCUUUGAUGAUGCGCCUGACUAUCAAUACCUGAAGAGACUGUUCAGAGACCUUUUUAUUCGAGAGGGAUUUCAGUUUGAUUAUGUUUUCGACUGGACCAUUCUUAAGUAUCAGCAGUCGCAAAUGACCAUUCCACCGCGUGCUAUGGCUGCAGCACCGGGUCAAAGCUCCAGGAUGGCUCCAAUGGCAAAUAAUAAUGGACUGUCAGGAAUAAAUGCAGGCAGCUUGGCAAAGCAGAAAUCUCCAGUUAGACAAGAAGUGUCCACAUCAAAAGAUGCUGUGUUCGCCAGUUCAGCUAUUUUGGGUCGGUCAAGCGGAUCGUUGAGGCGUCCUGCUGUUCCUAGCAGCCGAGUUCCAACCAGUGAAGCUUUACUACACAGUCGUACACCAGAUGGAAGCCUAGGGGCUUUCCAAAGAAAUAUCCCCCCACAUAGGAGCUCACAGACCCUGGAGUACUUGGACCGCUCCGGAGUUUCGUUGUCUGGCAGGUUCAUGCCCAACACCAAGAGCUAUGAGUCCACUCUAAGGGGCAUCCAAGGCCUAAAUGUUGAUGCCAAUGAUAGGAUCCGCUACUAG